AUGGAGAGUCAUAUGAGAGUUCAUACGGGCGAAAAACCUUACAAGUGUACUACAUGUGGGGAAAAAUUUAGAUGGCUAAGCUCCUUAAAGAGACAUAUGAGAGUUCAUACGGGUGAAGAACCUUACAAGUGUACUACAUGUGGGGGAAAAUUCAGAGGGCUACGCUCCUUAAAGAUACAUAUGAGAGUUCAUAUGGGCGAAAAACCUUACAAGUGUAUUACUUGUAUACAUAUGAGAGUUCAUACCGGCGAAAAACCUUACAAGUGUACUACAUGUGGGAAAAUUUUUAGUUUUAAAUCAAGUUUGAUUAGACAUUUAGUAAUACAUACAGGGAAGAACCCCUUUAAGUGUCCUAUGUGCAGUAAACAUUUUAAAGAUAAAAAUAAUUUGAAGACACAUCAGAAAGUCCAUAAUGGUGAGAAACCUUUUAAGUGCUCUACAUGUGCUAAAGAAUUCCUCUACUCUACUAGUCUGAAAAAGCAUCUAAAAAUCCAUACUGGUGAGAAACCCUUUAAAUAUCCUAGACGUGCUAAAGAAUUCCUCUACCCUACUAGUUUGAAAAAUCAUCUAAAAAUCCAUACUGGUGAGAAACCCUUUAAAUGUCCUACAUGUGCUAAACGAUUCAUCUUCCCUACUAGUCUGAAAAAUCAUUUGAAAAUCCAUACUUGUGAGAGACCUUUUAAGUGCCCGAAAUGUGCUAAAGGAUUCAUCCAAUAUAUUAAUAUCAAAAAUCAUCUUAAUAGACAUCAUCAGGUGAAUCUUUAA